AUGGGUGCUGGUCAAUCAAAAGGAGAUGCUAUACUAAAUGAAAGUACCUAUGAUGUUAUAACAAAGUAUACCAAAUUCAAACGUAAUGAUAUUCUUGCUUGGCAUGAACGCUUUCUUCAACAAUGUCCGGACGAUACACAAACAAUGAAUAAAGAACAAUUUUGCAAAUUUUAUAGAGAACUUCGUCCACAAGAAAAUGUUAAUCGUCUUAGUGAAUGUGUAUUUCGUGCGUUCGAUUUAAAUGGUGAUCAUGGUGUCAGUUUUACAGAAUUUUUAAUGGCAUUUUUUGCAACAACAGAAGCUCCAUUAGAGCAAAAACUUCGUUAUGCAUUUAAUGUAUAUGAUAUCGACCAUAACAGUUCAAUUGAUCGCAAUGAAAUUUUAUUAGUUUUACGAUCAAUGUUUGAAUUAUUAGGUAUGGAUGCUAAACCGGACAAAUAUUCGUAUGAAAUGUGUGCUGAUAAUAUUAUGAAAAAUCUUGAUGUAAAUUCUGAUGAGAGAAUAUCCAAAGAAGAAUUUAUUGAAGGAUUAAAAAAUGAUCCAUUCUUACGAAGUUUGAUGAAUCCAUUUCAACAUAUUUAA